CGAGACUGCUAUGAGCCAGAACUACUUCCGGCAAUAAGAAAAGAUGCUGCGGUCACUCCGAAAACUCCACACACUUGCUGUGGGCCAAAUAAGGACGCUGCACAGAUCAGUACCUGCAUGUAGUUCUGGUCCCCUUCCUGUGCAUCGAGACUCGCCAGAAAAUAACCCUGAUACACCAUUUGAAUUCACUGCAGAGAAUAAAAAGAGAGCAGAGUUGAUCAUAAAUAACUACCCUGAGGGUCACCAAGCAGCUGCAGUUAUUCCAAUCCUGGACAUAGCCCAACGGCAACAUGGCUGGCUACCAAUUUCUGCAAUGCAUAGAGUUGGGGAGAUGUUACAGAUGCCAAGGAUGAGAGUUUAUGAAGUAGCGACAUUUUACACAAUGUUUAACAGAGAACCUGUAGGUAAAAACUUCGUACAGAUUUGUACGACUACACCAUGUAUACUGGGAGGAGCGGGAUCUGAUGUCAUCCUUCAGGCCAUUAAAGAUAACUUAGGAAUUAGCUGUGGAGAAACAACCCAAGACGGCCAGUUUACCCUUAUAGAAGUGGAAUGUUUGGGAGCUUGUGUGAACGCCCCAAUGGUUCAAAUCAACGAUAACUACUACGAGGAUUUAACAGUAGACGACAUGAACAGAAUAUUAAAUGAAAUAAAAGCUGGGAAAACACCAAAGCCUGGACCUCAGAGUGGUCAGAAAGGACGAUUUGCAUGCGAGCCUAAAGGAGGCCUAACCUCACUGUCAACACCCCCAACAGGGCCAGGAUUUGGCGUUAGAUCAGAUUUGUAAUUAAAGUAUGUCGGGGACAAUUUCAUUUUCUGGAAUGAUUAAAUGUGGUCAUGUGUUUCAACAGCAUCAGGACUUUGAUGGGAGACAAAUCCCAAAAUUUGUAGGAUGUUUUUUUGAAGUGUAACAGUUUGUAAAUAUAUGAACGUUUAAGGAUAUUUUCCUUGAAUAAAACAAUACAACAUUUA